AGUCGUGCGACAAGGUGUUCCCGGGCGUCGCGCUCAAGAUGGGCGCCGCCGGAGUUCCUCCGAGCAGCGCCGCGGCGGCCGCGCCCGGAACCAACAGCCCCGCGGUGCCCACGGCGACGCCGCCUCCUCCUUCGAAGCCGUGCCGCAUCUGCCGCAAGGGCAUCCAGGCGGGCGAGCCGUGCCACACGUGCGACGACUGCAAGCAGCUGGUGUGCGACGACUGCGCGUCGUACUCGCGAGACCCGCAGCACGCCGUGUGGCGCUGCUCAUGCUGCCGGCGAAGGAUGAGCCACGACAGGCUCGGGCCCCCUCCUGGCUCCGGAAUGCACCGGGUGCCUUCGGUUCGCCGAAUGACUGAACGGAUCGUGCAGGACACUGGAGGCCUGGGUUGCAGCACGGGCCCCAGGGGCAGCUUCAUGCUCAGCGAGCCCCUCAAGGAGGCGCUCCGUCUCGAAAUGCAGAUGCAGGUUGACGGUGGCUGCCUUGCCCCGCCGAGCGCCCGCACCAUCGUCAAGCGUGGCUCGUACGCGGGCCAGACCGAGUGGCAGCGGAACGGGCUUCGCUCUUCGUCUCCCGAGCGACGCCACAGCUACCAGAAGCCCUCGGCGGGCCAAGAGCGAGACGCGUCGUCGGACUCCUCCCUCGAGGACGACUACCUGCCCCGGGCGGGCCGCCUGCGCCGCAAGUCGCGCCUCCAGAGACACAAAAGCCGCACGGCCGCAGACGAGGAAGACUCCGAGGGAAACGAGUGGCGAAGCAACACGUCCUCCUCGUCGGCGCUGGACAGCCUGGACGCCGACGGGGGCCCGCCUCCCCCGGCGCACCCGACCUCGUCGCACCGCGGCGGCCGGCUGGGCGUGCUGACGCGCUACAGCUCGGAGAGCUCGGACGUCAGCGACCUGAGCGGAGGCCGCGGAGCCCCGGAGAGCUCGCCGGACGAGCGCCGCAGCAUCCCGAGCGUGACGGUGGACGCCAUCGGGCUGCCGCCCCCGUCGGUGGGCCUCUACGAGGAAGUGCGUCGGUGCUCCACGGGCAGCGCCCUGCCGCGCAUGCCCAUCCCGGAGAACCAGCUGUGCCUGUUUCCGGGCGCCCCCCACGGCACCGGCAGCACUCACUCGCUGGACCUGCCUCGCGAGGAGCUGGGCAAACCAGAGCGGAGAGCCUCGGCUCCCGAAGGGGACAACAUCAAGAUCGUCAUCGAUGACGUGGACUCGCAGGGACCACCUCCAACGCCUCUCCGCAAGAGGGUGCUACUGCAGAGGGAUCCCGCGGACACUGGAGCGAGGACACGAGGGUUCGGCAUGCGGGUGAUGGGCGGCAAGAAGGCGCCGGACGGCCACUUGUACGCCGCGGUGGCCUGGGUGCUGGCCGGCUCGUCGGCCGACCUGGCCGGACUGAAGCAGGGCGACGUGAUACUCGAGUGGAACGGCACGUCGCUCGUCGACCGCUCGUACGAGGAAGUGUGCGCCAUACUGGACAAGUCACCGCACAGCGUCGAACUGGUCGUCGAGACCGGAAGAAAGAUGAGCAACCGCGAGCUUCGCGCGUCCACGGGCAACAUCCCGUCGCGCAAGUCGUCCACCUGCUCCGUGGGCGAAGGAGCGGCCACUCGCCGCAAGCUUCCAAAGACGCCCGACGAGAUCUGCAACAAGGCGCACGUCCAGGGAGAGCUCGGCGUCCGCCUGUGGUACGACGGCACCGACUUGGAGGUUACCGUGUUGGGCGCACGCGGUCUUCCUCCCCGACGUUCGUACGUCAAGCUGCGACUGCACGAGCCCGGCUCGGGUCUGCGAGGUCCGGCCAUGAAGACCCCAAUAUCGGAGCCCGUGACCGGUCCGGAGUGGAACAAGACGUUCGUGUUCCGCUCGCUGGAGUCCCUCGAGGGCCUCUUCCUGGACCUGACCGUGUGGGACCACCGGCCCGUCGGCACCAACGCCUUCCUGGGGGAGGUGCAGCUCCCGCUCGACCGGACGCCGCUCAGGGACAACGCCGAAUGGCUGCCGCUGUCCAGGGGCGCCGGAGGCGCCGCCCGCACCCACUCUCAGGACCUGCCGCCCGACGACCUCAUCCGGAGUUCAUCCAUGGACUCCAUGCUGCUUCAUCCGGACGAUGCCUGGCAGGGUAACCCCGUGGAGCGUAAGUCGUCAGCGCCGUCUGUGUACUCGGUUUCCACGUCAGUGAAUCCGAAGAACCGUCAGCUGCUGGCCCAGGACAGCCUACCAGGUUGCUCUGUACCAUUAGGUUUCGCCCUCACCCACUCCUUUGCCCUUUCCACAGAACUGUACGCGUCCUCGCCGACGCAAACUCCAGAAAGAGCCAAGAGCGCCAGCUUCAAGGUUCGCAGAAACGUCAAUCUUCCGGACACCACAGGGAGCAACGAUGGCGGAGACAGCAGCUCCGGAUCGGAGCGCUGUCGUCAAGAAGUGGGACCAGGCCAGAAGAACUCGCGCCGAGACCUGGCUCGGCUUGGCGAACUCAAGCUGGGUUUCAUCAUGACCAAGGGUCAGCUAGAAGUCGAGGUCGUCUGCGCCCGCGGACUGCCUCUCGGGUCGGGAGGCACACCGCCAGACACGUACGUGAAAACGUACCUCAAGGAGGGCGACCGCCAGAUGCAGAAGCGCAAGACGCGCGUCGUCCGCCACUCGUGCGAGCCGCAGUACCGCCAGACGCUCAAGUACACGGCCGCCGACGUGCUGGGCCGAUCGCUGCUCGUCACAGUUUGGGAGCGGGCCCGUGGCUUCGAGCACAACCAGCCGCUGGGCGCCGCACUGGUCCACCUGGACCGACUCGAGCUGAGCCGCCUCACUCUUGCCUGGUACGCGCUGCAGACGCCCGCCGGACCGGCGUCGGCCUCGGGACCCCGCGGCAACGGCGAGGAAGACGACGACGACGAUGAUGACUCACCAUGA